AUGGGGCUCACAUAUGUACCUCCAAUGAUACAAAAUGGGGAGAAAAUAGUUGAAUUACAGCAAGAGGAAGUUGAGAAAGAAACAGAGAAGUGGAAGAUGGCAGUAAUCAUGUAUGUUGUCAGAGAUACACCUAGUAUUGGAGCUGUGGAAAGGUUCAUUGCUUUUAAAUGGAAUUUUGUAACAAAACCAAAGGUAUACUACCGUAACGAAGGCUACUUUGUUGUUAAAUUUAGUAGUAUAGAAGAAAGGAAUGAAGUAUUAUACUCAGGGCCAAGUACAAUCAACAGUAGGCCAGUUAUUACUAAGGCAUGGGCUCCUGAUUUUGAUUUUGAGGAAGAAGUAUUGAAGACCUUACCUUUAUGGGUAAAACUGCCAAACCUGCAUCUAAACUGCUGGGGAGCUGAUUCUUUGAGUCGAAUUGGAAGUGGAUUAGGGACACCAAUCUAUGCUGAUGAAUGCACUACCAAAGUAGAGAGGAUAUCAUAUGCUAGAAUCCUUGUAGAGAUGGAUAUUACAAGACCUCUACCUAUGAAGAUAACAGUGAAAGAUCCUAAUGGAAGGAAAUUUGAGCAAGCUGUUACAUACGAUUGGAAGCCUGUGUAUUGUAGCACUUGUUUGCAGCUGGGACAUAACUGCCUGAACAAGACACCAAUGCAGCAAUUAGAACCCAAACAAACAAAGCAGAGACAGGAGUGGAAACCUAAAGAACAGAACAAACCAAGCACUAGAAAUGAAGGAUCUCAAGAUACUGAGGCAAGAAAGCAACCAGAAACUAAUCAAGAAAUAACUACAGACACUCAGAAUCAUCAACAUUCACAGGAUACAAAGGAGAAGUGGCAAGAGGUAAGGGGUAAAUCUGCAGCUAAACAGAGUCAUGUCACUACUACUGAAGAGAGACUGGUUAUGGGAAAUGGCUUUACUGCACUUACCAGAGCAAGUACUCAACAGAUAAACAUUAAUACUGGAAGGAUGGAAGGAGGACAAUGUAGUCGUGGAAGGAUGGAGGAGGCUAUUUUUCCAGACCAAAUAUGUUAUGAUGUUGGUCAUAUGGAAUGUAGGAUAUGGAUUGUAUGGGAACCAAAUGAAGUUGCAUAUACUACAAUAAGCUACAAACCACAAUAUAUUCAUGGAGAGGCAACAUUAUUGGCUAGCAGGCAGGAGUUCACCUUCACAGCUAUAUAUGGGCUCCACACAGUAGAUGCAAGGAAGAGCUUAUGGGCUGAUUUGCUAAGCUGGAGUCACACUCAACAAAAACCUUGGCUCUGUAUGGGUGAUUUUAAUGCAGUAUUAUCAGAAGAUGAUAGAAGUAAUGGAAGUCCAAUACAGGAAUGGGAAGUUAGAGACUUCAAAGAAUUCAUGCUGAAGGCAGGGAUGACUGAAAUGAGAAUAGUGGGAAGAAGUUUUACACGGACAAAUUCACAUGUGUUUAGCAGAAUUGAUAGGGUAGUGGUCAACUCCGAGUGGAUAACAAAGAUGCCACAUUUGGAUGCUAUGGUUAUGAACCCCUAUUUCUCAGAUCACUCCCCUCUUUGUAUCAAAUUUGGAGAAGAGCCACAGAACUUCAGACCUUUUAGGUUUUUUAACCAUCUGGCAGACCAUAAAGAGUUCUUACAAAUUGUAACAAAUGCCUGGACAGGAAAGGAAACAGCACAAAUGUCAGGAAUAUGGAGGAAAUUGAAAGCAGUAAAAGGAGAGUUAAAGAAACUGAAUACAACUGAGUUUGCAGCAGUUGACAAAAAGGUGAAACAUGCCAGGCAGCAAUUACAAGAAAUACAAGAGAAAAUCAGAAAUAACUAUCAGCAAGCAAGAUUGUUCGAAGAGGAGAAGGGAUUGAAGAAACAACUGGAGAAAUGGGUCAACAUUGAAGAAAGUAUUUUUAAACAAAAAUCCAAAAAUCAAUGGUUGAAAUUGGGUGACUCAAAUUCUGCUUUCUUCUUUGCCAAUAUGAAGAGCAGAAUUAGCCAAACCAAGAUCAGAAGUCUGAUGACUACUACAGGAGAAAUAGUUCAGACUAUGGAAGCAAUUGAAAAGGAGAUUGUAGAUUUUUACAAAGAGCUACUUGGAUCAUCAGCAACAGCCCUACCAGCCAUUCAUCCGAGAGUUAUGAAGGAAGGGAAGAUGCUAAAUAGAAAGCAACAGUUGAAACUCAUAGAACCUGUCAGAGAAGAGGAAGUGUACAAUGCUUUGAAGAAUAUUGAUGAUUUAAAAGCACCGGGAUGUGAUAGAUUCAAUUUAUUUUUCUUCAAAAAAUCAUGGGGUAUCAUUGGUAAGGAGAUCACAAAGGCAGUCUAG